GCAUCAUCAUGAACAAUCUGAUGGGAGUCUGUCUAUGGCGCGAGCCUGGCCAGCCGGCAAUAUGCCCGGAAACCUUCCCAACGAACGAAACCCUGUAUGAGCACGUCCAGACAGUGCAUAUUCGCCACCGCAAGACUGGAUUCGUGGGAUUGUGCCACUGGGAUGGCUGCCAGCUGCACGCCAAUCGACCGGCGUUUCACAAGCCGUCCGAUUUGACAUCGCACAUGCUUGUGCACAUUGACUAUCGCCCGUUUGGGUGCAUUUGCGGCGUUCGAUCCAAGCGGCCAUACGACCACCAGAAGCACGUUUACGCGUGUGCCACGGCACGACCCGGCACCACGCCAGCACCCAUCACGCCGCAUAUUGGAUCCCGCGCGCCGUGGAGCGCCGAGUUGUGUCGACGCCACUUGCGCUCGUGUGAGCUGAAGGAAGAACUAGUGAAGCGUGUCAUGUCGAUCGCAAAUAACGGCCUCGAACUUGCCGACCUGACGCUCGAGACGCUUCUCGCGCACGGCUUUAAUGCGAACGAGAGUCAGCUUGUGCUGGACGCCGCGCCGCAUCUCCCCGCGCCAAAGCCAGCGAAAAUGUCGGCUGGCGGCUCGGGAAGUAGCGGGAGUUCUGCUGGCGCCGCCACCCAGACCAAGGCCGCCAGAGCCCGAGCUGCACGAGGCAUGUCCUCCGCUUCAGGAGACUCUGAUUUAUUCGAGGAGGCCUUCGCCGGGCUGACCACUUCAUCGCCUCCGCCUGCCGGAAUUGUUCCCGCCGCUGCUGGAUCACGAAGGACUCGGUCCGGGAGCGCAGCUGCCGUAGCCGUUGCUGGUCACCCCGACCAGACCAACAACCACGACGAUGAAGACGAAGACCACUCCACCUAUGCCUCCACAUCACGCAAGCCGUCUGCAUCGAGCGCAAGGCGCGGUUCUUCUGGUGGGCGGCGCAGCAAGUCGCGAUCACCGCCACAGGCCACCUCCCCCAUCGCCGCUGGACUCGAUCCACGGCUCCCUCAGUAUGACGGUACGAUGCAAGACAUUUACUCGCGAUUCCAGUUCCUACCGCCGAUGCAAGACCAACAACACCCUUUUCCGCAACAAAUCCUUUUGCAGCCGCAGCAGCAGCAGCAGCAGCAGCAGCUGUCUGCCGGGUUCUUUCCUGCUUCAAUGGAGCAAGUCUCGUCAACGGGCCAGCCAGUGCCUCCGUCUCCUCUUCAGUUCCUGGAGCAGCUGCACGUGUAUCCCCAGUCCACAUCUGGUGAACAAUCUCAGCGGCAACAGCAGCAGCAACUUCUCCGCUUGCAGCAUCUGAGUCUGUCGGACAAUCAUCUUGCAACGACUCACCGCCAGGCUGGCGAGGAUGGCGAUGACGAGCACGACGGCGACGAUGAUUCUGGUCUCCAUUCCUCCACGAGCGGCUUUGGCGACUUUUCGGAUCUAUCCGGUCAGCAGCAGUUGGACUUUGUGCUGCGCGACCUGGCGGCAGCGACAGUUGCUCCCACGACUCAGAGCGACGUGGAUGGGCAGAUGACGCCUGCAGUCGAGGAAGACACAAACGUCUACCUGUCGGACGAAUGGGAGUCGCCUCCGUUGUCGCCUGUUCUCGCAGCCGCAACUAACGCUGGUGUACCGCCGUUUUCCUUGGCCAGCCGCUCCAAGAGCCCCCGCUCUCACCGCGCAGCAGCUUGGCAGCAAGCGCCGCUCCCGCCAAAGGCAUCUAUUUUCGACAUCGCCGCCAGCGAGAUCACGGAUCAACUGCCAACAAACGCCUCGACGCUCGAUCACGCCGCCUUCCUCCAGGGUCUGGAGGCCCUUCAGAACGGUGGCAUGAUGGGCCUUGCAACCAGUAGUAUUCGACGGGGCGACGGCCAUGACACUGACGAAACCGCCUCCAACUACUCGUCUGAGAGUGAGACGGAGCUGGAUGGUGGCCACGUCCGCUUGGGCAUGGCAGCAGGGUCCCUGCCAGCAACGCUUCAAACAACGGCACUGGAUCGUGCCGUGUCUCCGACGCGAGCAUCGCGCAAACGGCGGCAGCGAGACCGCGGCCAGACGUCGCAAGGCUAUGACAGCGACUCGUCACUCAGCUCCUUCAUGUCGGACGAAGAAGCGCACCAGUCUCGGGCAGCGUCUCCGACGCAUAGUUCCAGCGCGACCAAUAGCGCUCGCAACAGUGGCAUUUUCAUUUUCGACGACAAUGACGACGAGCUUGAAGACGAUCACGCCAGCAAGCUGCCGCGAUUGGAGCCAGGGCAAAAGUCGAUUGACGAUACGCUGCGCUCUGCUGACGCCAUUUCGAAUCUUUUGCUUUCUGAUCAGCACGAUUUCGGCUCGACCGUGUUCCAGGAUGCUGUUCAUUCCGCUUUGAACUCUGGGUGGAUUGCCUCAACGUUGGCGGAUCGGCACGCCGCGGCGCUGGAACCCCACUCGUCCUCCUCCGCCGCCUCGUCGCCAAGCAUUGGCAGCAGCGGCGACACCCCGCCUGCCCUCCCGAGCCACCAUUCCGCUCGUGGAUCACCGGCGUACAAUCGCAUCGAUGAAUUUUGGGAGUCGUGCUGCAGCUACAUUCAAAAUGUGUUUAGCUCGAUGAGCGAGCCCGAUUGUGCUUCCGCGCAGCAAGAGUUUGAGCACCAGUUCCAGCGCUAUCGGACACAAGAGCCUUCGUUGUUUGCGGUCGACCAGAAUGCUUUGCAACACGGCAGCAAGUUCGCGCAGGACAUGAUGGAUUUCCUCUCCGACUCGGAUUUGGCCGAGGCCAGCACCUUGGGCUCUGAUUUCGCGGGCCUCAUGACCCCUGAACCGAUGUUGGAGACUGAUGACGCAACUGGUCUUGGGUUGCUCCUCCCAGCAUCAGGACCAGCUUCGUUGAGUCCACAACAGCAGAAGCAGGGAGGAGUCAUGUCGGCCACAGCCUUGAGCUCAAACCUGCCGCAAAUUGCCCCAGCCGUGCCGCGACUUUCCCUCGGUGCCCAAGCAGGCGUCAUGGUGGGCAGCGUCGCCGCGGGUAUUGCUGCUGGCGCUAUGGCUGCCAACACGGCAGCGGCGGCAUCGUCAUCGUCGGUCUUUGCGUUCGACCGCCUCGCCACUGGAUUUACUGCCGGUGCCUCAGGUGGCGGGUAUGCUGGCGUCCUUUCCAUGUCUGCCCGCUCUGCUGGCUCGCUCCUUACCCGUGUCACGAGACAGGCAAGUGAGGGCUCUGCCCGUGCACUGCCGACUACCUCGAGCUUUGACUUGGGCACCAGCGUGUCGUCGGCGUCCUCGCUGAUUUCCACGCUUGCAUCCGCGCCCUCUGUCUCUCAGAUUGGCAUUGGCAUCUCUGUGGCGGCUGCGGUUGCCAUGGCCGGCUCUCUGGUUGCCCGACGAUUGCUUGCGCAACGCAGCCGAAAGCCAGAGUCCGAUCCGAAGAGUGUUGGUUCAGCAAAGUGAAGCAUUUGGAUUCAUUGGGUUCUUUGGAUUCAUUUGCUGGUUGUCCGUACUGUUUUGUGUGAGGUGUUAGUAGUUGAGAGGCGCUUUGAGCGUCAACGUUUCUUUUUCAAAUACAAAAUGGUCAAUAUUGUCGCUCC